UAUCUCGAAAAACUACUGAGUCGUUUGCAACCACGUGUCCACGAUCCCGAACAUCUAUGUGAGUCGAUUCACCUAAAAAUAUCCACAGACCGGUGGAACAGUGCGUCGGUAGUGUCUCGAGAAGCUGUAACAAUGGAUUUUUCGCAAUACAGGAAAAUCCUGAUCUACGUUUUGACUUUUAUGGCGUACGCUUGGUCCGGUUACGGUACUGGUUUGCUAUCGAACCUAAGGGACGCCGUGUUAACCGCGGAAUCGGUCUUCGAGAAUCUAUUCCAGAAUGCGAUUACCGUGGCGAGGAAGAUCAAGGACAUACACGAGGUGUUCGACGCCGCGGUCGAAGAAAACUGUGUUUUCCAAUGUCCAGCUGGCAUCGCGCCGAAACCGGAUUGGAACCACAAACCGCGAAGCAACGGGUGCGGGUCUUUGGGAAUAGAGAUAAGUCAAGAGUAUUUGCCCCUGGCGGAGAUGACGAAAUGUUGCGACGCCCACGACAUUUGCUACGACACCUGCAACAUGGACAAGGAGAAGUGCGAUUUGGAAUUCAAACGAUGCUUGUACAAAUAUUGCGAGGGCUAUCGAACGACAACGGUGAUGAACACGUGCAAGGCGGCCGCGAAGAUGCUUUACACAGGGACCACGGCACUGGGCUGUAAGAGUUACAUGGACGCGCAGAAGCAAGCCUGCUAUUGCGCCGAUAAAUGGAGCAAGAACAAGAAAGCCAAGAGAGCCGCUCAGGCUGGCGGAGAAUUGUAGAAGCGAACGCCGUUUCCAUUUGUUAUUUGUCCGUUCGAUCGACGGUCGAUCGAACAAUUAUUAUUAACUCCUUAGCGCUUCGAGCGCUUCCAGCGAAGCUCUCUCUUUUUCUUCCGGCAAGGAAACGUUCGCGAUUCGAGCGUUUUUAAUUUAAUGAAAAUUCGACGUGUCGCGCGCGAUAGGGUAGAUCCGAAAUUGCGACGUCGAUACCGAUACGAAUAUGUUUGAUACUCGACCAAUAAAGAGAUCGUGAUGCGUAAAA